AUGAGAACAGAGUUUAUUUUACUAUGCAUCACGCUACUACACUUUGGGGCCAGUUUCCCAUAUGAUGCACUCCCGAUCAGUAUGGUAGAUGCUGCUUACUCACAUAGUUACCCAGCAUUUAUGGGUUAUGGGGCUGACGAUUCUUCCACAACAGCUCUGAAAAUGGACAUCCAGCUGCUCAUGCUGUCAGAUGCAACCCUCUACAUUGGUGCUAGAGACCAUGUUUAUACUGUCAAUUUGGAUGAAUCAUAUACAGACCAAAUUUAUUUAAGCAAGAAAUUAGUAUGGGAAGCCAGUGAAACUGCUCAAGAGGGAUGCAGGAUUCUUGGACAACUAAAGGAUGAAUGUCAUAAUUUUAUCAAGGUUCUCCUAAAAAGAAAUGAGAAUUUGUUAUUCAUCUGUGGCACAAAUGCUUUCAGUCCCACCUGCAGACAUUACAAGGAGGAUACUCUGGAGCCUGAAGGAGAAGACAUCAGUGGAAAAGGCAAAUGCCCUUACUUUCAAACGGAGGGCAAUGUUGCAUUGUUUGCAGAUAACAAUCUGUAUUCUGCAACAGUGACAGACUUCCAUGGACUAGAUCCAAUCAUUUACCGGAGCCUUGGAGACAACCCAAGGUUACGGACAGUGAAACAGGAUUCAAGAUGGCUGAAAGACCCCAGUUUUGUCCAUGCAGUGGAUUAUGGCAAAUAUAUUUACUUUUUCUUUCGAGAAGUAUCAGUAGAAUACCAUGGUGUGGCAAAGGUUACUGUAGCCAGAGUAGCUCGAGUAUGUAAGAAUGACAUAGGUGGAAAUAUAAGAUUCCUAGAAAAAGAGUGGACUUCUUUCCUGAAGGCACGGCUGAUCUGCACAGUUCCUGGAGAUCCACCCUUCUCCUUUGACAUCUUGCAAGAUGUUACAGAUGUUGUUAAGGUCCAGGAUCGGGACAUGGUCUUUGCACUUUUCACCACUCCUAAAAAUAGCAUCCCUGGAUCUGCUUGCUGUGCUUUUGACAUUGGUGAAAUUGAAAAGGCCUUCAUUGGGAGUUUCAAACAUCAAAGAACUCCAGUUUCAAUAUGGACGCCAGUUCCUGAUUAUGAAGUUCCCAAACCCAGACCAGGUUCUUGUGCUGGUUCUGGAUCCCUUGAAGAGUACGCAUCAUCCAGUGAAAUUCCAGAUGAGACGCUAGAAUUUCUCAAAACACAUACCCUCAUGGAUGCAUCAGUAGAUGCAGUUUAUCAUGAGCCAUUGUUUAUGCAGACAGUGGCCCAAGUUACAGGAUUCCUAAUAAAAAUUGCUGUUGAUGAUUCUGCUGGACCGAAUGAAGAUAACACCGUUCUUUUCAUAGGAACAGAAGAAGGAUGGCUUUUUAAGAUCUUGGUUUGGCCAAAAGGCAAUGAUUUUAUCAAAGACAGUAUUUUCAUAGAGGAGAUGUACAUUUACAAUUUGGCUAAAUGCAGUCAUGAUAUGAAAAUAUAUAAGAAGGUUAUGGAUCUGAAACUGGACAAGCCAAGAGGAGCUCUUUAUGUGGCAUUCCCACACUGUGUUGUAAGGGUUCCCCUGGGAAGUUGUGAGCGCCAUGGGUCAUGCAAAAAAUCCUGCAUAGCUUCCAGAGACCCAUAUUGUGGAUGGUCAAAUGGAGCGUGCAUAUAUCUUCCACCUGGAACUACAGUUGAAUAUGAGCAGGACUUAGAGAAAGGCAAUACAGAUGGCAUGGAUGAUUGCUGA